AACGCACACAUGCAUGCAAUUCGUACGCACACGCACACACCGGUAACAUGAUCAGCUGUCAAACGGGCUGGCGUAAACAAAACACACAGCAGCAACAGCCCCCCACUCUCCCAGCAAUUGAGGGAAGGGCUGUAGAGCGCAUAAGGGUGCGCAAAGAGGGGUUGAUCGCUGUUUUUUUGCUUUUCCUUCGCUCUUGUGGUUCGAUGUGUCACUCACAAUAUUGACGCGAUUGAUUCGAAGGUAGGAGAAAACGCGCACACCACAAGGUUGCCCUGGUGCGGAAAGAGAGUGUUUAAAGCAUUGUGUCAACAAACACAGAGGCCCUGUUUUGUGUUUCACCCUCCCCGGAGACGCUGCAUAAAGAAAUCGAGAACGCAGAACAAAGUGCUUUGCAUCCGAAACGAGAUACACACACACGCACUAUGCAUGAUAGUGGGUCGUCGUAUCGUGUCGUCAUAGCCACCGCCAUCCCUUGUGACCGUCGAUAAGAGAAAGAAAGACGCACCGGCGGACGACGAGAAAUCCCCGAGAGUCCAGAAGCAAAGCAAGUUUGGCGCACAUCCUCUUGUGGACAGCUUCCCUUGCUCCAAUGCACUUCCGCCACAGACGAAGACGACGACGCUCGGUGCAAUAUUCCGUGACACGCUGCCAGCACAACGCCGCCCUGGAUCAACGUGAAAGUGUUCUACCCCAUAGCAGCGCCAACGACGCCACCACCAUCGCCUAGCUGUGCUUUUCUUCCAUACCAAAGGAGGUCCACGACGACGACUCGACACCAAGAAACCCCGCGUAAAGUUCCAUUGUCUGAAUCGGUGAAGGCAAGCGAGAAACCGGAACACAUCGCAAGAUGAGCUCGGCGGACGAUGUACUAACCCUGAGCAAUGAGACUGUAGGCAAUUCUACCUUUUUCGCGUACCUCGGACAAUACAUUGACUUGGACUACUCGAUAUGGCUGUCGCGGUUGCUAACGCCGGUGCUGGUUACAUUCCUACUGCCUUGCGCAUUUGUGCUGUUGAUUUACUGUACCAUAUCAUUUCUCUACAUUUACAAGCUGCACAGUCGCUUUAUAUUGCAGGUCUACAAUGAGGGUGACUUUGACUUUUGGGACGUGGCCCGCACCCUAGUCGCCGUUGUGUGGGAUGCCCAUGGUUGGAUAUUUCAUGGUAAGAGCCUUUGCUUUAGAAUUCCGCUUACCAAUUCAAUCGACACCCCCCUCUUUCCCGCAGGAUACGAAGUAUGCGGAAUGGAAAACCUGCCCGAAACGGGCCCAGCCCUUAUCAUCUACUAUCACGGUGCAAUACCGAUCGAUAUGUACUACUUUACCGCACGCAUUUACCUGAAGCGGCAGCGUCUGAUUUACACCGUCGGCGAUCGGUUUCUGAACAAAGUGCCCGGCUGGAAGCUGCUGGCCCGCGUCAUGAAGAUCAGCCCGGGCACGGUACAGUCGUGCGCGAGCGUACUGCGCGACGGCAACAUGCUGUCGAUUGCGCCGGGCGGUGUGUACGAGGCCCAGUUCGGCGACAGCAACUACGAGCUGCUCUGGCGGCAACGGGUCGGGUUCGCUAAGGUUGCCAUCGAAUCGAAAGCGCCCAUCAUUCCCAUGUUUACGGAGAAUCUGCGCGAAGGUUUCCGCUCCGUCGGGCUAGCGAAGCGUCUGUUCAUCCGGCUGUACAAUGCGGUCCGGUUUCCGGUGCGCCCGAUCUACGGUGGCUUUCCGGUAAAGUUCCGCACGCAUCUCGGCACCCCGAUACCGUACGACCCGGCGCUGUCGCCCGAGGAUCUGCAGGAAAAGGUCGCGUACGCGAUCGAGGAGCUGAUCAACAAGCAUCAGCGAAUACCGGGCAGCAUCUUCCAUGCGCUGCUGGACCGUUUCAUCUCCCCAAAGCCAAAGGUCGGCUGAACGCGGUCGGUGGUGGUGAUGGUGGGUCCGUUUUGCAUGGCAAACGUUUAAUGUGUGCGGUUUCCCUCCCUUUCCUCUUCCCCUUUCCGUUCCUUUUGGUUCAGUGAGGUAUGUGGUCCCCCCCACCCCGGGUAGGUGCUAAAUCUAAGUCCUAUAUAAGCUGUUCAACAAAAACCCACGUAAACAAACGAUCAACUAACUACAAGAUGUAUUUAAUAUAUCUGUACUUAAUAGAUGUGUACAUUACUGAUGAGA